AUGACAAGUGACGGAGCUGUUAAUAUGGACACACUUCCAACACUGGUGAGUGAACUUGCCAGUGUCGCUGCACGAGCGAAUGGCAAGGCACUUGACAUGGAGGGUGGUGUUGCCUACAUAAAUGCGCUUCACAAACUUGAGUCCUUUGCACUUUCCACAGGUGAAGAGGAAUGGAAGCCCACUCCAUCCACCACAUCUGCUGCGGCCGACAUAAUGGAACUUGCGUUGCAAAGUGCAGCGCGCGAGCCGCUUUCGUGCGUGCUGCUUCAGGCCUGGGUUGCUGUGCUCGAUGCUCUACUGCAGCGUGCCUCAUCAACGAUUAUUGACCCCCAGCCGCAUGCAAAACGCCUAUGGGAAAGUGCGCAACGACUGGUGAAGCUCCGCACAGCGCCAGGGAGCGAUGCAGCUUUGGCAAGUGUCCUGACUUUCCUAGGGGUAAUUCUACGGCGACGGCAAAUACACAUCGAGUGUGCUCCUCGGGGUCAGCUUCCUAGCCCUGCGAGUACUCCGGGAAUUUUGUCACGGGUGGCGGCAUUACAACUUGUUCCUUUGCUUGCAGCAUCAGCUCUGACCUCCAGUGGUCCAAAGAAGGCCUAUAUUACGUGGCCAUGGUUGGAAUACCUUCGCAAGGCGAUCACAUGUAAUGUGCCCGCUGUUUGUGAGACUGGCGUUCGAGCCAUGGGGACGAUUCUUCAAACAGGGGCUGAACCUGAGGCGAACUAUAUAAACGAUUUCAUUGAAUUGCUUUUUUCGCUGGCUGUGAGUGGUAACGCCUCUGCUGCGCUGGAGAAUGAACUUGGAUUUUCCAUUGGACGGCUGCUUGCCGCCUCACAACGGCCGGGUGGAUGGUCUCACUUCGGUUCCUCGAUGGCCAAGGGAUCGGUGCGCAUCAUGAAGCUUCUGUUUGAUCCCGCCAAAAUAAAUCCAAGCUCAAAACGCGUUCUGUCAACGGCUGUGGGUGAGUUAUUGGCGAUCCUUGGUCCAACUAGUGCAAAUUCAGUGGAAAAGGCAAUUCACUGCAUCUUCGAGUGGCUCCUGGCAGCAGACCCCCAAGAUGGGACGUCGAACAUGCCGGAUAUUGUCGCAGGUGCCCUACUGCACUGGGCCAAAACGGCGCGCUCAGACACCUUUCGUAGCGCCAUUUUGCGGCAUCUUAUCCCUUUCUUAGACACAGAUAGCAGUGAGACAGUGGCGUACACUGCCCUGUUGUGCCUUAAAGGUGUUGUUUCAACGGUUGUGGAGCUUGAUGAAUAUGCGGCAAACCUUUGGGAGAAACUCCUGAAGCAGGUCACCCGGAACAAGGAUAUCAAGAAAGCAACGAGUGAAGUUAUGAAGUGCGUCGUGGAGCGCAACGAGUGGUGCCGGCGUGCACUGCUCCGACACAUAUUCGCAACGUGCUGCAGCAAUAAUCCCCCCACGGGGGUUGACGCGUACUUGUCGAUGAUGCCUCUCUUCACCAUGCACGUACAAGCACUACUUGAAUUACCUGCGGCCGUGUUGCAGAAGCCUUGCAUGACUGGUGUGACGCUUGCAGCCGUCGCCCGCCUCAGUGUGGAUGAUUCUCAUGACGCACUCGCAGACAUCUUUCAUUGGUGCGUGGAGUAUUUCUGUAAGCUUUCAAGGUUACUCUUAGUCCACCAGCGGCAGUCCCUGCCACCUACUAUCACUACGAGCGUACGUUCCUCUCUACGUGUGUUCCUGGGCGCUCUCGUGAGCAGUGCACCAACAGCAGGCGAAGUGAGAGCCAUCGCUUCGGCCCACGCGCGUGCCACAGUCGCCGCCUGUGAAUUGCUCCCGCUAAUAGAACCUGGGGAUACGGAGGUUAAACUUGUCGUGGCGCUGCUAGAAACACUUGACGACCCGAUUGUACCUGUUGCUGUUCCGCGCGUAAGGGGCGCCGUGUACAGAUUGCUGAGCCGCCUGCCGUGGGGUACAUGUCAUGACGACGCUGGCAAGCGCCGGGCAGUUACACUUGCUUUGGACGAUAUGGGGGAGGCUGUGCGUCUCGGUGUGCCGUGCGCAUGGGACGAAGAAGAGGCCGAGAAGUGUGGAACCAGUGAUGGUGCUAAUGGUAGUGCUGUAAGUAUCGUAAAACUACAUAAUGUGGAGUUGCUCCCAUGCCUGGCUGCUGUCUGGUGCCUUGACGAUCGACAAUGCAUGAGGCCUACACCGAAACAAGCCUUAACCUCUACUGUUACGCGCUGUGCUGUACAGCUGAUAGCGGCAGCAUCGGCUGCCACAUGCAAUGCCGGAACCCAGAGUGGCUGCUUGCUACGGUCUGUGCUGGUGAGUAUGCGUCACUGGCGUCAAAUAAAGGCUGAGGACCCCACCGUGCAAGCAUGGAACGUUUUGUGUUGUCUUAACGCAGUCACAGCGCCCACUAGCUCGAAUCUCCCUGGUGGAAACGAAGCGGCUACUAUUGUGGCUGAGGACAAUGGUGGAGAAUGGCUUGAAUUCAUUUCGACCCACUGGCUGGGGCACGGGGUUUGGGCUCUGCGGCUUCUGUCAGCUCAGAUAAUGGCAAGGCUUGCGUUAGCCUCGGGUGGCGUGGACACUUUUACUUCUUCUGUUGUGAAUCAAGUUAAUUUGAGUUCCUGCCGCAUUAGCGGCGCAUUGAUUGCGCUUGGCCUGAUGCACGGCUGUCCCAACGGAGCUGGUGCGGAUGGCACUAAUAAAAUAACUACUUCAGGGAUGGCAAUAUCGUUUAUAGCGCGGAUGCUUAGUCAGUAUGGUUUGCGCGGUGAUGGGGAAGGGGCCGUGGUUGCCGCGUCUGUGCUCAUAUCUUUGAUCCAUCUUUCAGCACACCAAAGGCCAUUGGUGGAGACCGUCAUUCGAACAUCUCUUGCUCCCCAACUUUUGUUGUACCAGGAGCCGCAACGGCAGACGGCACUGGCACCGAUGCGUCCCAUCGUCACGGUGUUGCUGCUUGAACUCGUGACACGUCUCUCACUUCACAAAAGCGUUCACGAUGGAUCCGUUAUGAGCGUCUUUGCCUCCAGCGUCGUUUCAUGUGCAGCCGUCGCUGCAGUUACAAGCACCACGGCAACCGCUGAUGUCAUUAAUCAAAAAAAUAAUAGUAUUAUUACGUACGGCAGCGCGUUUCCGAUCGUGAUGUCUGAGAAAGCGGCAGCAGCUGUGGUGGAAACCGUGCGGGAGGUGGUGGAAGACAUCAAACAGUUGCCGGCUCAUCCGGUUGCUUCAACUCCUUCUGCUCAUCACGGAGUUGGACACAGACUUGCCGUGGAUAUAGCUGUGCUCCAAAAGAUUGUGCUGCAGGCCCUCGGCAACACGGGAUACCUGAGUGAUGCAGUCUCGUGUGCGGCAGCAGGCGUAACUGUAUCGGCCGGCAGAGUGUUAAAACCGAGCAGCCUGAUGUCGCAGUGGCUAUUGAGGAUGGCUGAACGCAUCGACGGAGCCACGACGAUGGAGAGUCGUCGUGCGUGGACAAAAGCGAUGGGAGUUAUCGUAAACCAAGCGUGGAGGGAGCCCCGUGAGAGGGCUGCGUGCCUGCAUUCGCUGAAUCUGAUCAUACGAGGAAAGCCCUCUCAGUUAUAUGGGACCGCCGGAGAGGAGGAUGAGAGGCCGAAUCGUGGCGACAUGGACAUGGACGACUACGACAUUGAAACAAAGGGCGUUUCACUUGCGAAGGCUGCGCCGGCACUCGAGCUGCGAACGGUGUCGAGCGAGCCACAGUCGAAGGCAGCUGUGCUGAACGUCUUACUGCAAGUUCUGAACGAGGAGCAUCAACGCGUUGAGUUGAACGAUGACACUCUCCCGCAGUUUCUUCAGCUGCUUUUUUCUGCUGUAGCACUUGCAGAGGUGUCGCCGUGUCUCGUCCGACCGGCUGCGGAUGCUCUAUAUCUGCUGCUCAGGAAGUACGGUUACAGCAUGAAAGAUAUAUCGACGCCGCUGCUACAGCCAUGGAAGGUUCUGCUGAUCAACGGGAUGGUUCAUGUUAUAGAACGGUGCGUGUACUACAGUGGAGUAGGCAGCGCCCUCGCAGAAGAAUUUUUUGCCAGUAACAUUUCGGACGACACAAGUGCCCGCCGCGUUGUCUCGGCUCUCACCCAGCUCUUUUCACAGUUGGGGCAGCUUGAUGUAAGUCACGCCGAGGUAAGCCAUGGCUGCAGUGGGCGAGUGGCUGCCGCCAUCGCAAGGUGUUCAGCAGUUGCAUCUUCUUGUAAUGAUUCUUCCAAAACACAACCUGCCCGUUGGCCGCAAACAUUACAACGAGCCCACGAUACGCUCGCGUCGCCCAACGCUCAGGCAGUGAUAGCACUCCUAUGCAAUCAGAUUGUCUCUGCUAUAACACUUGCACACGGAUACGAACCACCACAUGGAAUGGUUCCCACGCCGCUGGAUUCCUGUACGUAUGUCACACCAGCAGUCGCACUGGAAUUGCUCCUUCAACUCCGCAACACAUCGCAGGACAUUGACUCCACCGUAAGCCACGCUGCGGGGUACUUGAUUGUUAUACUUUUGGCAAUAAAGAUAGAGGAAACAGUGGUACCCCGGCCCGUGCUCAGCGGCGUCUCUCUUCAACAGCUACGCACCUUGGUGCCGCUGCUGUCCCCACCCCACUGUGAAACGUUAGUGGACACCGUCCUUGCACUGCUCCCAACAGUGCUGUUGAAGGAAGUUGGCAUGAAAGAAGAGGAAAAGAUGGAGGAAUUGAUAGAAAUCUCUGCAGCGGCGGCAUCGCUCAUACAGAGCAGCCGCGGAAAUAGUGCCUUCAUGCCUACAGAGGGGCGAGACGAAGUGCGUGAAAAGCGCCGAAGUCAAGUAGAGCGGCUGAUCUCUAUGCUGACGGCCGAGACUCAUCGUGUGUUGAAUUUAUCGCUUGCGCCCCUUACCCUUGUGGUACAUAGUGACUGUAGUGUGGACUGCGUCGUUGAAGUGUUGCGCCAACUCGACGUCAACGUGCUGCUGCGUAGUGAAGGAAGGGCGGCUGCACUAUCUAUGCAUUUAUGCCAGAGGUUCCCCGUAGAGGAGUUGCGUGAUAUGGCCCAAUCCAGUGUAUGCGCUUUCCUACUACUAUUGUGCUGUGAGGAAAGCCAGCAGAGGCUGAAAAUGUUGGAGACCCCGAACAUCUCCCCAACUGUACUCGCACGCAUUGCGGAGGCAUUCGCGCAGUCAAGGGACCCGAAGCUACUGAUCGAAUACUUGCGCCCCCAACUGAGCUGUUCCACUCGGGUUUGUGGUGUAUUUCUGUCCGUGUGUACGGCCGCGAAGCGUGCGGAGCUGCAGCAGCAGUGGAGACCUUGCGUGGAGGAUAUGCUUCUGGCAAGUAUUGACGCAGCGGAGCCGCAGGAGAAGGAAAUGGAGGGGUUGUACAAACAAACGCAGCCUUACGGUGACGACACAAAUAAACGUGUGGCUUUCUUUGUGCGAAGUUUAAUUUCCCUGUCGCACAUGCACGGCGGUCCGAGGGAAGCCUACUCACGAUAUCCGAAAGCUUGCUCGGCCUUAACGGACCAUAUCAUGAAGAACUACGCGAAUGAGCUGAGGACUGUCAUCCAGUCGUUGCAUGAGGGGGACGCGGGUACGCUGCGGGAGCUCAUGCAGUUACGGGGCGGCGCCACUCAAUGUGGGCCGGGGGCGCAAACCACAACCGCGGCGGCUCCGCAACGCCUAACGAUUAACCUCUCGUCAUUCACGUAG